CAGAAGAAGAAGAUUGGCAGAGAGGAAGCAAAACAGUCUGGUUGCCCGUAGAGGAUGUUAUUGCUGUGAGAGAAUGUUGCUGGAAGAUUAUUGUAAAAUGUUAGGAUGCCGGUUUAGAGAUGUUAUGGCAAUAUCGUGUUUAUUAGGUGAUGAGUUAUUAAAGACAAACAUGAUGCCGCAAUAAGUAAGGAAUUUCUACACAAACAUAAACUACAUUAUGGGCCAGCUCUUAUCAUCAGAAGAAGAGCUUGCUGACCUGAAGAAGGCAGUUGGCUUUGUCAUCUAUGAUGCCAUGGUGGAGGAGGGAGCGACUCCUGACCUCUCAGUGGUGCACCCUCUGCUCCUAGCCAAUCAAAAUGAGGAUUCUGUCUCCCAGGCCUGUCUUCAUGAACACCUGCAACAGAUUCAGAGGGACCUUGGCAAACGGGCACCCACCUACUUGAGGGAUCUGAUUGGUCGACUGUCAGCCUUUUCAGAUGAGCCACGCCUGGCUGGCCUGGUGGGUUUAGUGGUCACUAUGGUGAUGGAUGUGGCCUACACAUCAUCGAAACAGUCAUCAGGAGUGAAAGGGAGGCCAGCGUCAUGGCAGCAGCGAGUCUUGGAGCUUCAGGAGGUUAUGGAGGAGUACCUGAAGCGGUGUAGGAUCAGCCUGAGCGAUAAAAGAAGGCUGAUUGAGGACUCGGUCCGGCUCGAGGCCCAGUUAAGCCUCAUCCUCACUCAGCUGAAGAGCUGUCUGCUCGGGGGGGACUGUGACUCCAGAUCUCUCAGACACUGGGCCACUGGAGCUGCAUUUCACACCCAAAUGUUGGUUCAUCUAGCUUGUUUUGAAGGCAAGCCUGAGCCUUUAUCUGCAAGGGCAGCACUGGAUCAAUACAUGGAAGACCUCAAACAGAUCAAAGCUGCCUACAGGUGUUAUAAGUCUGCUACAGUCUGUGUUCUGAAAUGCCGAGGUUUUCUGGCUAAAUCUGACCCGUCCCAAGAUGUGCCAGAGGAUGGUGCCAUGACAGGACUCACCGUGACUGACAGAGAGAUGGGAAAGAGCGUGACAAUCCCACUCUCUGUGAUGGAGGUAGAGAUAGGUCGAAGAAUGCAAAUCUCUGGGACAAGCAUGUGUACCCAAGUUCACCUCAGCCUCAUCACCUCAGAUCACUACGCCCUGGCAUACAUGGACCACCUUUUCUCAGACAAAGGGCCUGUUGCAGUGCUGGAGAACUACUUUAUCAAUGCUAGUGAGAGAUUAGCAAUUUACAGAACUGAUCUACAAAGUAAAAACAAGACAGUGCUGAUAAAAGCUGCACAAAACAGUGAAGAUGGGUGCCUUUUAGACAAGACAGGGGGAAUAUCUGAGCAACAAAGUGUGGACACAGCAGAAAUGAAAACAAAAAGAGUAGAGCCAAAGAAAAGCAAUGAACAAGAUGUAAGUUUAAAACUGAGUAUUGUUGAAACAGAGCCAGAGGAGAGUCUCACUCACACUCCUCAGGGUUCAGCAAGUGCAGACGGCUGAAGAAGUCAAUCCUCUCCUUAAGGGAAAUGAAAAGUUGUACUGAAACAGUUGAAGUUAUGACCUUUAUGUUUGUAAUUCACACAUAAUAAAAGAUUUGUAUUGAUUUGUUAGCAGGACAGCAAACCUGAGCUGCCACCUCUGUCGCUACAAAAAAUCAAGUGGCAUGUGCAGGUUCUCAUAUGACUGGAUGCUAGUGGAAAAAUUGGGGUUUCACUAUUGUUAUGAAAUGUGUUCAGUUUCCUAUUAAAGCCAAACAGUUGGUUUAAAAGUUUUACUAGUUUUACAUCUUCAAGAGUGACCUUGUCUGCAUUGUUCGCUACGGUGUCUCUCAUCUUCCUCUUGACAACAGGACUAAGAUUUUCUACAGGGUUCAAGUCAUGCUAGUUUGAUGGCCAGUCAAGUGCAGUGAUACCAUGGUCAUUAAAGGAGGUAUUUUCUGCAGUUCAGGCAUAUGUCAAGUCCUUCUAGAAAAUCAAAUCAUUGGACUUUAGGAAACUUGCACUUUGUGUCUCUCUGCUCAUCUGCCAGAUAGUGGGACCUUGAUUUCCAAAUGAACGCAAUAUUUACAAUCCAGUCUGUUUUCUUUUUAGCCCAUGUGAGAUGCUUGUUACAUUGUCACUGGUUCAGGAGUGGCGUUACUCAAGAAAUGUGAUGACAAUUGUAGAAAAUUCGAUUACGAAUGUAGUCCAUCUAUAUUUCAAUGUAUGGGGUUCUUAAAGCGCUGACUGCAGCUGUCACAUCUUCUGAAUCCCCCUUGAUCUUUGAAUGGCUUUUCUUCACAAUUCUCUCAAGAUUGUAGGCUUUCCUGUUGUUUUUGCAACUUUUUGUACCACACCUUUUCGUUCGCUUAACUUUGCAUGAAAUGCUUGGAGACACCGCUUCUUUAGAUAUGACCUAUUGUGGUUUACCUUCCUUGUGUCUGCUGGACAGCUGUCAAUCAGCAGUCUUUCCCAUUAUUAUUUAAGCCAAAAUGUAACAUUUUGGUAUGACCACAAUAUAAUUUGUUUUGUUGGUCAUAUGCAAUGUUGUACUAUUCUGAGAAACAAAAGUAGUUUUUAUGUGCUGUAAGCCAUAAUCAUUAAAAUGAUGUGUCCGUCCA